CACGCUGAUUGGUUGGAAAGGCUUUCCGUCAGAGCUGGUUUCCUCCAGCAGACGAGCUGCGGCCGCCGCUGCCUUAGUGACGGUUAUCUUCUGCCAGUCCGGCCCAUCAAAUAAUGAUAUCCAUGCUCUGCACGGCUCUACUUAUUUCAUCGACGGACACACCUGACUCUUCCUACUGAUUCUCUCCCGGAAAGUCUCCUGGUUGCGAUGGCCACAGUAGUGAUGGAGCAGAUUGGCCGGCUUUUCAUCAACGCCCAGCAGCUCCGACAGAUCCCUCAGCUGCUUGAGUCAGCCUUUCCAACACUGCCUUGCACUGUGAAGAUUUCUGAUGUCCCAAGGGUGUUCCGCGAGCGUCACAUCCUCACCGGCUACAGGCAGACGGAUCAAAGCUGGCGGUACUACUUCCUCACCCUCUUCCAGAGGCACAACGAGACCCUCAAUGUGUGGACCCACCUUCUGGCAGCCCUUAUUAUCCUCGUGAAGUGCCAGGCGAUCUCAGAAACGGUGGAUUUUCUGCGUGAUCCCCAUGCCCAGCCCCUCUUCAUUGUCCUCCUGGCAGCCUUCACCUACCUCUCCUUCAGUGCUCUUGCCCACCUCCUCUCUGCUAAGUCAGAGCUCUCAUACUACACCUUCUACUUCCUCGACUAUGUCGGGGUGUCUGUCUACCAAUAUGGCAGUGCUCUGGCUCACUACUACUACGCCAUAGAGAAGGAGUGGCACAGUUCAGUGCAGGGUUUCUUUCUGCACACUGCUGCAUUUUUGGCUUGGCUCACUUGCUUCGGGUGCUGCUACGGCAAAUACGCAAGGCAUGAUCUGCCCAAAUUUGCCCACAAGCUCCUCCAAGUGGUGCCCUCUGCCUUGGCUUACUGCUUAGACAUCAGCCCGGUGGUCCACCGUAUCUACAGCUGCUACUGGGAGGGCUGCUCUGACCCAAUAGUGUUGUACCAUGUCUACCAUGUGAUCUUCUUCUUAAUCAGCGCCUAUUUCUUUUGCUGUCCACACCCUGAGAGUCUGCUCCCUGGGAAGUGUGACUUCUUUGGGCAGGGCCACCAGAUCUUCCAUGUGCUGGUGGUGGUGUGCACCCUGACGCAGAUUGAAGCCCUGCGAACUGACUUCACAGAGCGCCGCCCUCUCUAUGAGCGCCUCCAUGGAGACCUCGCCCAUGACGCAGUGGCGCUUUUCAUCUUUACCACCUGCUGCUGCGCUCUCACCGCAUUUUACGUGCGUAACCGUGUGCGUGCCUCCCUCUAUGAGAAGAAGGAGUAAAGACAGUUUAUCCAAAAGCAAAGGGUAUUAAUUUAUUUGACUUUUCAGUGAUGGUUUUAAAAUAAUUAACGUUUUCGUCUAAUGGAAAUAUUGGUUUGUGAAAGUGACUUUUGCUUAUCUCUUCUGCCAAACUACAGUGAAGUAAUGUGACUGAGGAUGUGAUUUUGUGACUUACAGAGAAGAAAAGGGAAACUUUGAAUUUGUCAGUAGCCAUGCCAAUUCUUAUUUAACUGCUCUACUUAAAGAUGCAACAACUUUUAUUUUAUACAGCUCAGUAGAUGUAUUAAGUCUUUUUAAAAUGCCCUCUUAACUUUAUUCUCUAUCAGCUACCUGCCUUAAUCAGAUUGUAGCAUUUAAAGUUAUUCAAUACGUUCACUACAAAUUUAUAAAAGAGAAUUGAAUCAUCCAAGCAAUAUCUUUUUACCUACAGAGUUUUGCCCAGCCCUUUAGUAUUGAAGCAUGUGUAUCUGUGAUUUAAAUGGAUAGUCUUUAAUUUUUUUAUCUGAGGUUCUAAAAGGCUAUAAAUUCAUUAUCUCUUAUAAAGGAUGCUAGAAGUACAUAAGGUUGUAAAAAAGAAAUCCCCAGACAAGUGGCCUCACAAUGAGACAUGUUGAAAAACUUACCUUUUUAUUAUUAU